UAAGACUACACGUAAGCUAUAUAGCUCAUUGCGAUGAAUGACUCAGAAGACGACGACAUCCCGUGGCCUGUCGGAGUUUCGACUGGCGGCAACAUCGGACCGCUCUGGCACCUUUCCUACUUCUCUCACCUCUCUGGCGUCUUUGCUGGAGUCGCGGCGAACGUAAUCUUCAUCGUCGUCAGCCAAGAAGUCUUCAAGCAGCGACCCACCCUCCCGAAUCUCCUCUUCAAGUACCUGGCGUUCGUUGAUGUCCUGAACUGUUGCUUUGGACUUGUGCCGGUCAUUCUCGCGCACCAACUUAGGAUCUUCACCAAGGAGGUGUGCGCGUUCCAUGGCACGGUCCUGACGUCUCUUAGCGUCGAAUCUCAAAUGAUCGUUGCCUUGAUGUCCACAGAGAGGUACUCCUCACUCGUCCAUCCUUUCUUUUACACGGAAUAUCUUGCUGGCAACCACAGGAAUAUAGUCAUAGGCUUACACGUGCUGUUUCUAUACGCGACGGUCUCGGCGAGUUUGCCGCUGUUUGGUUUAAACAGAAACGUGCCGCAUCCGCCGAACUCGUACUGCAUGUUCGACUGGGCUGAUCGAACGCCGAAAGGUCGGCUUGUGGUGUACCUGAACCUCUUGAAUCUGUCCACGUGCCUGCUCGUAAUCGUGAUCAUGAACGCGGCCGUCGGUGUGCACAUGUACCGGUCCAGAAGACUCCGACCGCAGAUGCCGAGGCGUCUAUCCACGCUUAGAACUGAACGCGAGCCGCCGGCUGACUCACGCGACAGACAGCUACAGCUACAGAUGACCAAGCUGACCCUGGUGGUCGCAGUGGUGUUCUUCUGUUGUUGGUUUCUCUUUGCCCUCCGUAUCUUGACCAAUCAGCUUGGCGUGUGGACAAACGAGGGCGUUGAUUGGUUGGCGUUUUGCCUGAUGACGUUGAACAGCGUCAUCAACCCUUUCCUCUACGUCAUCAUGUGGAAACCCUACCGCAAAGGAUGCUGGAUGUUGCUGAAGACCUGUCUACACUACAUGACUUGUACCUUAGUCAGACAGCCGUCAUUGACUCUAUCUCAGUCGGUUGUAGCGUGA